CAUGGAUACCGUCUUGUCACAGACCAGAGUUGGGAGAGUUUCUUGUUUUUUUUAAGCGCCAAAAAAACCCCAAAACGUAUAGAUUUGUCGUGAAACUCGAUAUAAUAAUUAAUUCAUACGAAUACCUCUGGAGUGUGCGUGGCAGUAAACCGUUGUUGAUGUCAUUCCCGUGAUCUGAAUGCUCCUUUUUGCGCCACCAGAAAUCAGCUAGGUUAGCCAUGUACACAGAGCUCAACAGCAUCCUGAGCACCGGCCCCGACAGCUUCACUCAGGGAGAUUUCAUCUUGGUGUCAGACCGACAGAGUGAUGCCUCUUUCCUCAUCCACCACUUCCUGUCCUUUUACCUGCGAGCACGAUGCAAAGUGUGUUUCCUGGGCCUGGUGCAGUCCUUCAGCCACUACAGUGCAGUCAGUCAGAGACUGGGUGUAAGUCUAGCACAAGCGAAGGAGAAAGGUCAGCUGGUAUUUCUUGAGGGACUGAACGAGUCAUUGUCGGUUUUGAUUCCUCAAGAAACCCACGCAGGAAGCCAAGACAUGGACUUCCUCAGGGAUCCUGCAGUCGGCCUGCGGAGCUUGUACGAGUUUGUCCAGUCUAGUGUAAGAAGCUCUGUCGGUGUGGAGGAAGGGGCAGAGGAGUGGGGACCCCCGGUGUUGCUGGUGGAUGACCUCAGCGUGCUGCUGAGUCUGGGGGUGAGCGCUGGGGCCGUGUUGGACUUCAGCCACUACUGCCGAGCCACAGUCUGCUCCCAGCUACAGGGCAACAUGGUGAUGCUGGUGCGCUGUGAUGGGGAAGAAGAGGAGGAAGAUGGCGAUGACGAAGGCUCAGAGCGGCUCCUGAAGGGCCUGACGCACCAGUGUAGCCUCGCUCUUAAUGUACAGGGUCUCCCAACAGGCUACUGCAGGGACAUCCACGGGCAGGUGGAGGUCUGUUGGAGGAGGAGACAAGGUGAUGGGCAGAACGCGCAGAAGAAACUCUUUCAGUACAAGGUCCAUGAUAAAGGAGCUUCCUUCUUCGCUCGAGGGACGUCCAGUGCUGUUCUCUAGACGCUCAACACAUCCUCGUGUGCCUUUGUUCACACGUGACAACUGGCACAAACUUCACGUUUUGACUCGACCAGACAAAACAAAUGGCCGGCGAGCCAAGACACAUUUACCAGCCACAGUCGAGCUUCACACAGUCAGUGACUCGGUCUGGGUCCAGAACCAGACCUCUGAAUCUCUGCCCACUCUGGUGGUUUUCAUUUCUGUCAGUCAAAUAAAAGACUAUUCAGUUGCUUAGGUUAA